GAGUCAAUUACUGUUGACUAUUCAACACUUAAUCAAGAACAACGACAAGUUCAUGAUUCAGUUAUUGAACACUUUCUAGAAUGUCAAGCACAACUAGAAUUGGAAAUCAAUGAAAGAAUACCAGUAAAACCACUUCUAAUGAUUGUUUCAGGAAUAGCAGGAAGUGGAAAAAGCUAUACAAUUCAUGCAAUUAAUACAAGUCUAAACAGAAUGAAUAGAGAAGCAGAUUCAUAUUCUAUACUCUGUGUUACAGCUUUUACUGGUGUUGCAGCUUUUAAUAUUAAUGGAGUUACUCUACAUUCAUUAAUACAACUUGGGUUAAAAGAGAAUGACCCUGUAUUAACUCCAGCCCGCUUACUGGAAUUACAACUUAAACUUCAGUAUAUUCGCUAUAUUAUAGUUGAUGAGAUGUCAAUGAUUAGUUCUACUCUUCUUGCACGUAUUGAUAACCGCUUGAGGCAAAUAUUUCCCCAAAAUAGCUGUCAGCCUUUUGGUGGUUGCAGUAUUAUUCUAAUCGGUGAUUUUGCUCAACUUCCCCCAGUUGGUGGAAGGCCAAUGUACUGUUCACCAAAUUCAAAUUCAUCACUGCUAGCAAUUCAGGGAUUCUCUUUAUACCGAAUGUUUACUAAAGCCUACAACUUACAUCAGGUAAGUUUCAUAUUACAAGUUAUUUCUGUUAUGUUUAAAGUGAAUUUUCUAAUUCUAAUUAAAUAAUGCUAUAGAUUGUACAACAAAAUGGAAGUAACAAUUCCCAGUCUCAAUUUCGGGAAAUCCUAAUAGCAGCACGAAAUGGUUUAUGGACCACUGAAUUCUGGCAGCUAUUGAUAAGUGCUCGGACACUUUUAAAUUUACCACAGUGGGAACAAGAUUCCUUUCAGAAUGUCACUCGUCUUUAUCCUACAAAUUUCGAAGUAACAGAAUACAACUCAUAUAAACUAUGAUCUAUGGGUCAGCCAAUAGCAAGUCUUGAAGCAAAGAAUCUUGGACAUCCAGUUGCUGGAGUAUUAAGUAGAGUGCCAGCUGAUGAGACAGGAGAACUACAGCAACAUCUCCGUCUUGCAAUUGGAGCAAGAUUAAUGAUAAGACGAAAUCUUUGGACUCAACAUGGUAUUGUUAAUGGAUCACUAGGAACUCUUCGUGGAAUCGUAUGGCAAAACCAAGCUGUGGAUGAUGACUUACCGAAAUUUUUAUUGGUGGAAAUAGAUUCCUAUACAGGCCCACCAUUUCUGGAAUCUGCUCCUAAGGUAGUACCAAUUCCUCCAUCAGUUUCAUUUUUUAAUUAUCAAGGCUAUAAUUGUAGCAGAAAGCAAUUUCCUAUCACACUUGCAGGGGCUAUGACUGUGCAGAAGUCUCAGGGAUUGACUCUGGAUAAAGCAGUAAUUGAAUUAGGUAAACGAGAGAUGGUAAAUGGAUUGACUUUUGUGGCAAUAAGUAGAGUAAGACGAAUUGCUGAUCUUGCAUUUAUUACUACUGUACCCUUUGACAGAGUGAAUAGGAUCAGAGAA